AUGGCAGAUCUGCAGAGACAACUCCAGGCCCUUAGUGACGAGCAUCAGAAACUCGAAACAGAACUCCAAGAGAUUGUACAAGCUCGUGAGAAACUAGAGUCCCAGCAGCAGGAAAACAAAAGUGUGCAGAAGGAAUUCAACACCCUCGAAGACGAUGCAAAUAUAUACAAGCUUGUGGGUCCCAUUUUGCUCAAGCAAGACAAGCGCGAUGCAGUGAUGGCUGUGGAUGGUCGUCUUGAUUUUAUUGAAAAGGAGAUAAGUCGAAUCGAGAAGCAGAUCAAUGAUAUCCAAGAACAGAGUGAGAAAAUGAAGAUAGAGUCCCCUCCUAUGGGAGCUUCAUUUCCUCUCGCCUUUGGCCUGGACGAUAUCGAAACUACUCCGAGUUGGCGACUACGAUUUCCCCUUGACAUACAACAUUCUGAAGUAAAUCUGGGGCACUCUGGGGCAGAAUAG